AUGACCCUAGAGAACAACUCAUGCUAUACUAUUAUGUACCAGGAAGUCCCAAUUGCCUUGCGAUUGUCAGCACACCUUCUAUUGGGUGUCGUUCGUAUAUAUUCAAAGAAGGUGGACUAUUUCCGGUGUGACAGCAAUGAGAUACGGAUCAGGAUAUACAAUGCCUUUGGCUCAGCAGUUGUUAAUCUACCAGAGGAUGCAACUCAUGCUCCAUUUCACUCCGUCACUUUGCCAGAGACAUUUGAGCUUGUUUCUUGGUAUUUGGAUGCUGAGUUAUCUCUUGACGGAUCACCAGAUAAUAAUAUCAAGCGUUGGGAAGAGAUUACACUAAUAGAUCAGAUCCCUGCUGAAGGAAAUACUUAUAUUGCUUUCUUCAUUGAUGAGGAUAUUAGAAUGGAUAUAUCUCUUCCUGCAGAGAUUCCAGAAAUUAGUCCAAUGGAAGAAAGUGCCCCUCUUUCAACUCCUGUGACCAAUGCCGUGGGUAUUUCAUAUCCUGAUCCAAGAGUUCAACCAGAAGCAUCCAAUCAGAGGCAUACUGAAGUUACUGCUUUCCAGGGCCUUCCAGAAACUGAAGUUAUGCGUGAUUCUGUUUAUAAUAUUGGAUCAGAAAACCUUCCAUACCUCAGUAGUGAUGCUAUUGAGCAGAACAGGCAGUUCAACCAGAACACGAGCAGGAAGAAGACCCUUUCUCCAAUUGUGGAGGAUAUGCUAGUUUCUGGAGGAAAAUCUGAGCCAUUUCAGUUACAUCCACUGCCACCAACCUCUGUUACUUCAGAAGAGGCUCCUGAUGGUUUUGACACACAUUUUUUGUUGGGUCGAAUGUCACCUGGACUGGUGAUUCAACCAACACCACCUGCUGAGAAACAAGAAGUGAGACCAAGGAAGAGAAAGCAGUUGUUUGAUCAGUCUGUAGUUUUGACAAAUAAAUUCAUGAAGGAGAGCCUCAGAGACCCCAGUCGUCUAGUGUGCCCCCGUAAGAAACUUCCUUGCACAGAUUUGGAUGUUUGGAGGUUCAACAACAGGUUAAGGAUGGAGCGUGUCUUCCUUGAACCAUCAAUUUCUGGAUUGUGUACAAAUCUUCAAAACAUUUAUAAGAAGGAUUUCAUCUCUUCCAAAGUCGGUUCAAUUCCUACAGAGGAUGCUCCUGCUGAGUUGAGGGGUGCACAAUCUCCUGCUCCUACACCUGUCCUUGACAAGGAAAUUGAACAUCUUCAAUUUGUGGAAGGUCAUGUUGGUCCCAGUUCUAUUCCUGAAAUGCCUUCAUCUGGAUUGGUGCCUUCUCCAUUGCGAAGAGAUGAAUUCACUCCCAUCAAUGCCAGCAGUUUAGGGUCAGGGCCAGAGUCACAAUCAGGAAUGUUUGCUGGAACUUCAGUACUGCCAGCACCUGAUCUAGAGGGAUCUACCAGACCUGCUGGCUCUGAGCCAGGAACAUCAAUGACUCAUUUUGAAGAGCAUUUCAGUCUGAAGCAUACCAGUCUUUCAGAUGUUCCAGAGUUGCUGAAUUCUGCAGAAGCAGAUGACCUAAAUUUUCUGGAAGCAUAUGAGACAUCAACUAGUAAGCUAACUGGGUACAGAGAAAAUGAAGAAGUUGACACACUGUCCUUAAGGACCAGGGCUGUGGCUCAAUAUUUGAGAAGGCAGUCUCCUUCCACCCCAAAUUCAAAAGGCCCAUCAGAAAUCCUUAGCUUGAACAAGAUUUUAGAAGGAAAAACCAGGAAAAUAAGUGCUCGGAUGUUCUUCGAAACACUGGUUUUGUCAAGUAAGGGGCUAAUUGACGUACAACAGGAAGAAACUUAUGGUGACAUUACUUUGCUGACUCAAAAACUUUCAAAAGCUCAACUCUGAGAUCAUAUCCCUUUAACAUGAUUGCAGAUUGUACAUAACUACAUAUGUAAGUAAUCAAGCCCUCAUGAGC